UCUAGCCCACCAUCUGGCCCCGUGGACCCACGAACUGACUGAUCCACACACGGACAAAUCUGCCCGCUCUUGAGAGCGCCAUGUCCGGUUCCUCCAGCGUGGCCGCUAUGAAGAAAGUGGUUCAACAGCUCAGGCUGGAAGCCGGGCUCAACCGCGUGAGGGUUUCCCAGGCAGCUGCAGAUUUGAAACAAUUCUGUCUGCAGAAUGCCCAACACGACCCCCUGUUAACUGGUGUAUCUUCAAGUACGAAUCCCUUCAGACCCCAAAAAGUCUGUUCCUUUUUAUAGCAAAAUGAAUCUUUGGAUGGUUUUCUAAACCACUUUUCAUGAACCAGUGAAUAUUCAAAGGAGAACUAAAUUUGAAGCCUGUACAAAAGUUUAUUGUCCCGGA